AUGAAGGCUAAUAUAAGCAUUAGGAAUUAUGAUAAUGAGACACCUAUAUAUUUAGCCGUGAUGAAACAAAAUCCAAAGAUUAUACAAUUAUUCUUAACGGUGGUAAAAAAUAGUAGAAUAUUAUUAGAUGGCUCGAAUAAUAACGGUAAGAAUUUAUUAGAUUUAGUGUUUAAGAAUCAAAAUAGUGAAAUAAUAUCUCAAUUCAUUCGUUUUCAAGAUCAAGAAGGAAAGAGUAUAUUAUCUGCAGCUGUUUUAAUUGAUAAUCAAUCUGCAAUAAAUCUGUUAGUUCAGCAUAAAGCAGAUAUAAAUAUACAAGAUAAAGAUGGUAAUACAGCUUUGCAUUUAGCAUUGAAGAAAAUGGAUACGGCAGUAAUAGAGUUACUAUUAAGUUUCGUAGAUGAUGUUAAUAGAGAUGGUAAUACACCUCUACAUUUAGCAAUGCAUUCAAGCAAUACUCAAGUUAUAAAGUAUUUGAUAGACCAUGAUACGAAUCUUGAUAUCAAGAACAAGGCUGGUGAUGCAGCUGUGCAUUUGGCAGUAAAAAAACAUGAUAGUGAUAUUCUUGCAUUUCUUCAAGCAAAGAAUGCAAAUUUCAAUUUACAAGAUAAAGAUGGUAAUACAGCUUUGCAUUUAGCAUUGAAGAAAAUGGAUACGGCAGUAAUAGAGUUACUAUUAAGUUUCGUAGAUGAUGUUAGUAUGUUGCUAAUAGCAAACCAGAAAGGCGAUACAAUACUCAAAGCGGCCUUAAUGAGCAAGGAUAAUAAAAUAAUUUCACUUUUUGUCAAUUUUCAUGACAAUAUGGGUAGUACUACGUUACAUUUAGCAGUUAAACAUAAUAAACAAGAUAUAAUCGAUUUAUUAAUCGCAAAUAAAGUUGAUAUAAAUAUACAGGAUGGAGAUGGUAAUACACCUCUACAUUUAGCAGCACAAAUAAAGAAUAUCCAGAUAUUUCAAUCACUGCUAGACAACAAUGCUAAUUUAAAUCUGAAGAAUAACGAUAAUAAGACAGCCUUUGAUGUAGCAAAGGAAUAUGGUAUGGAUCUAAUAAAUUUUCAACUGCCAAUACCAUUGCCAUAUAAAGAUCAUAAUAUAGAAGACAUCGCUAUCAGGAAUCAAGAUUUAGAGAAUAGUUAUAAUCAUCACAAACAUCGCCAUCAUCAUGGAGAGAGGAAUGAGAAAGCUGAACACCACAUUGGCAAGAAGCAUACUGGAGAUAAUCAAAGAGGUCGAAGGGAUAUAGAAGAUGCAUUACAUAUCAAGUAUGAGAAACAGUACGAUAAGUUAGUUUCUAGAGAUGAUAUUGGUGGGUAUACUGAUAUUAGACUGGAUGCUAUAGUUCAAGUGCGUGAUGCGAUUGGUAUAAAACAUACAAUAGAACAAGAUACAAGAAAAUUUAUAGGUAGUAAAACAUCUCCUGUUGUUAACAGUGUUCACAAUAAAUUGUUAGUAGAUUGGCAAGGAAAUUUAUUAUUGGGGUACUUAUUAUUUGGUAAGAAAUGCAGUGGUGCAAAAUGUGAGAUAACCAAAGAUGUCGCUAACGAACCCAAGGAUUUGGAAUAUGCUCAUAGACUUGCAUAUAGUAGUUAUGCCCCAGUGAUUGGACAAAAUGCAGAGGAUAUAGAUCCCUUUGGAGGUACAAACCUCCAUCUUCCAGAUGGAGAAGCUUUAGCUUGCCAUGUGCACGAUGAUGCGUUAGCAUCAUAA